GCUUCUUAUAAGAACUCGGUUUCAAAACUUGUUGGCCUGUUAAGUGACGAGUCUCGAAACCCAAAUUUGACCAUUGUAGACACGACUCUCUUUCAUCUCGGAAUCGCAGACAUAUACGCGUUACAUGCAACAUGUCGAUCGCUGCGUUGGCUGGUUGGUUACAUGACCGACUCGCCACGUCUGCUCAACAUCAACAAACAACUGGGACCCUUUGUAGAGGACCCGAUGCGUUUCCGAAGUGAGCUGGGCAAGCACGAUGGGCUCAUUGCGGGGGAUUUCGUUCGAAACUUCUUCGAGUUCGGUCGUUGGGAAGUCACCACGCUGCUCUUAUACGUUGAACAAGGGCUCAAGUCACAAGGUUUCAUCGACUAUUUGCGAGAUCAUGAAGGGUACAGAACGAAAUCACAACAACCCAGAAUCUUGGAAAGAAACAAAGCUCCGGGUUUCUAUAUCGUCAUAAAGGCUACAAUCGGCCCUCCGAUUAUCAACCUAAUUAAUGAGGCCUAUACGACGGCUGGCCUCAACGUGAUAUCCUGGAAUAAAGCCUACUCACUACUCCCAAUUCCGACUGUUCUGCGUCACAAGUUCUACCCUAUCAAACCCUUCGACAAUGCGCUCGGCCAAACACUUCGACGACGUGCUAAAUGGGGUUGGACAACUCGCGAUAUGCUUUGGCCGGAUCAAACAACCCAAUUCAUUUCUCAAAAACAGUGUCGUCAAAUUGGUGGACCCAGCUCGCUUGUUAUAAACCUUGGGAACGUACCUCCUGGAGAAUGCACUCCUGACUAUGUCCUUGAUGGAAGUGUCUUUUCUGUUGUGUGGAAAUGGAGUGCUACUACCCGGCGCUUAUCAGUCAGUAUACAGCCUGCGGUCGAGUCCACUGCACUGCGCUACGCAUACACAAACGGUGGAGGUGGUCAGGCUUGGAGAUCUUGGGAGAAGUUCUUGCGCGACCGAUUAGACCGUUGGGUCUAUGUUGAGAUUGCCAAGAUGAGCCAGGAGGAGCGGCCACCAGGGUUCUAUUUCAUGGCACCUGGAAACUACCGUGUCUCUAUUCCCUCUGGCUAUGAACUACCCGACACGUGGGACUAUGCAGACGAUCAAAUCAUCUCAUGGUUUCAAGAGUGGGAGAGGGCUGAGGGAACGGAUCAUAACUUCUAUGGGUAUUGA